AUGAUGGCAUCCUCGGCUGCUACUGCAUUGCCUCUACAUACUGCUGCAGACGAUGAGAAUGACGCACCAGUGACAGUAUUACGUGUGAAAAGCUUGUUGUUGUUCUCAGAGGAGUCUCCAGACGUUUGCGUAUCGCUGUACGAUGAUCCACGUGUGUAUAUGGACGUAGCAGAGGACUUGACGUUGCUGCUGGGCUUUGAGCGUAAGCUCUACACUGUAAGUGGACCAAAAGACGUAGAGAAAAUUGAGAAUGGUGUUCAUAAUGUUUUUUUACGUAUCAUUGUGGACACGGAAGACAUUUAUUUGGAAGAGAAUGAAUACGUGACAGGUGUCAAGUGGCUAAGCCGCGAGCUCUUUUGCGUGGGCUACACGUCGGGUAUCGUGCGUAUGUUUAGUCGCGUGGGUCAACUUAUCUUUGAGCAAAAGCUGCAUAGUGCGGCAGUACAGAAGCUGGACGUAAACAGGAACGCUGCAACAAUGGUAACACCCCGACGCGCAAGUGUCUUGCAUUCGGGUGAAACGGACAUAGAAGGAGAGUUUUGGGUCCUGUAUGCGGAUGCUACUGUUGUUAUUAUUCAAAUCUCGGAGAUACUAGCUAAUCUGAGCUCCAAUUCUGCAGCUUUGGGGCCUGCUCAUGCCAGCAAACUCAGAAAAUACUUGCUACGAGAUCAAAAGAACGUGAUGGCUGCAAUUCCGUGUGGGCCGGUGAGACCUACGAUCUUUCAGUCGCACUCACGUCUUGGUGUAUAUACUAUUUUAAGUGCUGGAUCAGCACCAUUUCUUGCGUUCUACCAGGCGGGUAACGAUCAAAACUCUAUUAUUCACUUGGCUCAUAUUGCUUCAGCUAUUGCAUCGAGAGCUGCGGGAGCGAUGUGGAAUUUUGCAACCAGUUGGGGCUGGGGUAAGAACACAGGCGGGAUAACAAAUGAAGAGAAGCAAGCAAAUUGCGCUCAACUAGGUGCUAGUGUGACUGAUGCUGCAGCUGAGCAUGUACCGGCCCCAGUUAGCAGUACUCGCUCGAUUUAUGAAGAUGAACGCCGGCGCUGCAGAGUUCUUGUUUUGAGUCCUACAGGCAGGUUAGCGGCUGUUUCGGACACGCUUGGACGCAUCCUACUUGUCGAUACUUCUCAAAUGAUCAAGUAUGGCGUGCACGAUAUGGACCCCGAGUUUUUAGUUUUGCGUGAAUCAGAAGUCAUUGAGCUAAAGCUUGGGUUGCCAAAUGCAUCAAUUUUGCUGAGGUAUUUUACGCAGAACAAGCUUCAAGAAGAGAACUUUCUGCUGCACCAAGUGAUAGGCGGCCUGCGUGCCUACGUGAAGAAAAAGCGUGUAGACAUGGCUCAUACGAUUGAACAAGAUGCACUAGACCCAUUGCUGGUGGAUAUCGGCGGUCUUUCUUCCUCUACAACUAUUCAGACGCUUCUUGAUGUCUUGUGUAAUGCAGAUAUGGCAUUGCUAAACGCAAGUUUUUUGCUCAAAGCACUAAAGAAAUUACAGCUGGCGCUCAAGAACGGAUUUGCGUCUAGGACACCAACUGGGCUAGAACUGUCUCUUCACUGGAGAUUGCUUUGGCAGCACCGCGUGGUAUCUACAUAUAUUGGUUUUCAGUCUGAAUUUGCGAGAGGGAAACGUGCUUUUAUGUCACUCGUACAGACCUCAACUAGAGAAAUUAUGUCGCGAUCGAGCACCGAAGAUCAGCAAUUUAGUCCGCUUCCACGAGUCCUUCAGUGGUUUGAACUCUUACGUCGGGCUGGUCUUGCGCUAGAUGACGAGUCGUGUACCCGGACGUGCAGAGUGACGGACAGCGCUAGCCAGCUCACUGCGUGGGCAUUUAUGGAUUACUUCUCGAUGCCAUUCAGUGAUCCUGACUUGCCUCGUCGACGGGACAUUUUAUCGGUAUUUGAAGCUGCUGAGACCACAGAAGAGUUUCUGCGUAACGCUUUCCGUGUGUUGAAGACUCCGAUAUUUCGCAAGUCUUUAACUUCUGCUCAGAGGGACUGCCUCUUCACAUUUAUUUUCGCUCCGAUGCUAUCCAGCGUUUUUGCUGUUCAGGAGAUACAACAGUUACAUUCUGCUCUUUUUUUGACAGAAGAGAUCACCAUGGAACUAUUUAUUGAGUGGUACUUUUCACUGCCUCUUGGCGCGAUACUCGCUCUUCCGCCACCCUCGAUGUCUUCGUCUCUUCAGCGUUGGCUACAACCGUAUUUUGUCAUUACAGAUGUGGAGGCGGCAAUACAACAAAAGGCAAUUUUCAACGCAUGCCGGAAAACGCCAGAGCUUUUACACGCCUUCGUCUUGAGUGAGCAUUGUGGAUGGGCCGAAAAGCAAUCGGCAAAGUAUGCUGAAGAAGACACAUUUGGAAACUAUAGCAGUGUUGGUGGCGGUGUACGUUGGAUCAUUAUGCAGGAUUGUAUUGCUAAAACAGUGCACCUUUCGUUACGACUUGAAAAAGUUGGUCGUCUGUCUGUCGACGCUGUUGAACAGGUCGAUGACAUCAUGCGGAGUCUUGCUGUGAUGCAGAUUAAUGAUAGCCAUGAAACUGACGGAGGUAAUGCUGUCGUACAGCUAACUAACAACAAUGUUGACGUCAGUAUCAGUGAUGAUGAUACUGACAGUUGGGUUGCAACUAUGGAGAAUUGUCGUAAGGCUGCCCAAAUGAAGGAUUGGGCGGCUGUGCUGCGCGCAUACCCUCAGUUUUCGAACAAGAAUGCUUUGUGCUGCUUUCGAAUCGCGACGCUUUGUGCUGCUUGGAAUGUUGAGCGAUCCAACAUGCGUCAGCUUGAAGAUGCGCUGCUGGAGCUAGACUGUUUGGACUCAAUUCAAGUCAGAGCAGGAAUGGCUGCUUACGUUUGGGAGCGAUACAUUCGCGUGCACGUGACGACACUGAUAACGUUUUGGGAGGAAAGUGCUGUGGGAAGGAAGCCCCAGCGUGGCUUUCAGCCGCAAGUUGCUCGGCGUUUCUUCAGCAUUAUUCGGGAUCUGCUUGAGACGUUAUUAGCGUCAGUAAAAACGAUUCCAGCGGUCCAAGUUGUGUCAACAGCGUAUGGUAGUAGCGAAGUUGAUGGUGAAACAAGUGAUUGUGAAUCUGAAUCAGGCGACGAAGACGAUGGUGACCAUGUACCACGUGUAGCUGUAUUUAAAUUAGAGAGCUUGACUCAGUCUGUUAAAUGGCAUUUUCAGGUGAAAGAUCUUCGUGCAGUUUAUCGGCGUGAAUGGCCGCCUUCACACGAGACAUCCGCGCUCAUGCAAACGCUGCAGAAAUUUAAACUCGAUGUGAUUUCGGCGUCUCAAAUUGCAGAUCACAUUGCUUUGAUCAUGCUGCUCGAUUCAUUUGCUGCAACGAAAGUGACCCCGAUCUCGAUCGUGAAGCUAUUUUCAAACAGUGGGCGAUACUUGUGCCGCCCGGACAGCUUUUUUGUGACCCAAUCUAUUGCCGAAGCAAGCGAAGAAGAGGCAACAUGUAUUCGACGAGACCGAACGAGGUUUUUAAAGGAACUUCUCCGACAUGACGAAACGCUCGGCUUUGCGCUUGCGGAGGCAUUUGGACUACCGCUGAAGGAAAUCCGUGAAGAAUACGUGCUGUUUUUGUAUCAAUCAGGGCGAGACGAGCAAGCAGAUUUAGCAAUUGAAAAGAUGCAGAGGCCUGAGCGAAUAGUACUCAAGCUGGGAGCCAUCGCUAGGGCUCGGCUGUCACUUGUUUUGAGACGGAUGAAGACUGAAGCGGAGUACGCAGUGCUGAUGAGCAUGCUGCCUGCAGAUGUGUUUGCUUGGGUAACUAGCGAUACUCAGCCACCUCUGGUGGCAGAUCCACUUGUUGAAAAGCUCGACAUUACGCCAUCACUUACUUCUACCCAUUAUCUACUCCUCAAGUGUUUGGCUAUGAUUACGCCCAACGGUGAGGUGUUUGAGAAGGUAUCGGCAAUGUCCGUACUAGUGAAGGAUGUCAUUAGCCAGGUCAAGGUGCAGCCGUAUAGCUAA